GCAUCCUCUGCCACCAUGUCUGACAAACCCGAUAUGGCUGAGAUUGAGAAAUUCGAUAAGUCAAAAUUGAAGAAGACAGAAAUGCAAGAGAAAAAUCCACUGCCUUCAAAAGAAACGAUUGAACAGGAGAAGCAAGCAGGCGAAUUGUAAUGAGGCAUGUGCUGCCAAUAUGCACUGUACAUUCCCCAAGCAUUGCCUUCUUAUGUUACUCCUUUUAGCUGUUUAACUUUGUAAGAUGCAAGGAGGUUGGAUCAGUUUAAGUGACUGUGCUGUCCCUUUUCACAUCAGAACUACUGACAACGAAGGCCGCACCUGCCGCUUCCAUCUGCCUGGCUGGCUGGCAGGGAAGGGGGACAACUUGCAUGUUGGUGAAGGAACGAACUGGAUGGGACGAGGAUGAAAUCUAGAGU